UCGGUGAGGUAAGACUGAGUAUUACUGAACUGUCUCUCUGCUGCUACUGUACUCCCCCUUAUCAACACGAUAUUCUUCAUGAAAAACUUCAGAAAAAUUGCCGAAGACAUGAAGGAAUAACUUCCAAUUGGUCUUUAAUAUAUACAUGCUGAGGUGCAUACAGUAUAGACUUUUAGAAAAGUGAAAAAAUUUUGUGAUCAACCAUGACCGCAGAUGACAAAUCUGAUGGGUCAGGUUCUUCAGAUGGGUCUGCAGCGAGCUAUGGAGCAUUUGAGAAAAUUGUUGCGAAAGAAAAUAAUGUGCGAGCACGAGUUGGCUUGUACAUGAAAGAUGGUUUGAAACUUAGGGCGGACUUUCAUGCCCUUUACAGAGCUUUACCAGACCUAAGGAAGAAAAAAGAACGACGGAAGCUUAGAAGGAAAAGCAAAUCCAACAGACAUCACAAGGAUAAAAAGAAAAAGGGUGAAGUUGGCGGUGGGAGUAACACUUGCACUACUCUCAUGCCAGUCCUUGAACUUCCUGGCAAUCCUUCAUCAUUUGCUGUGUACGCCCACGUGCGAGGAUUGGUGCUUGAAAAUGCAGCUCGUCAGGCCCAGGGAGUGUACCUGGCCACAACGCAGCCGCUACCUUCAGACUCAGACACUGAUGAUGAAGGAGACAAAGGGAGAGAAAUUGCUAUACAAAUCCCAAAAAUGGUUGGCUUAGGCUUAGUGAGCGUCUAUGAAUUAAUCCGUGGAUCAGUGUCUGCUUAUCCUGCUCUCUGUAUCCGUGCUCUUGAGGCCCUCUUAGAUAUCCUUCAGGGACAGCAGCCAGAAGCUUUGCGCAGUGAACCUCCAGAGGUCAUUGAUGCUUUGUUUAGUUUGCUUCUAAGGCUGGCUACUGCAAGCAAUGGAGAUGUCUUAACUUGUCCGUCAUCCCCCCUAGUUGGUGUGGCAUGUGCUUGUCUUCUCUCCCUAGUAGUUGCUCGUGGUGAAACAGGAAAAUUUCUGAGAGCCACAGCAGACAUCCUGAUGACCUCUCGUCAGCUGGCCAGUCAAAGUAUUCAGGUGCCAGUGAUCUUGACGUUCCUCCAGCGCAGUGUUCACGCAGUACUUCUUGGUAAAACUUCUCGUCCUGAUUGGCUUACAUGUGGAGUGCCAAAAUCUGCUCUGAUUGAUAAAUUUUCUGUAAAGAUUAUGACAGAUGGUGAAGAAUCAAAGGAAGACAGCACCAUGACGUGUGAUGGGCAUUACUUGUACAUUCACAAUGCUCAUGGUCUCUUCAAGAUUGGUUCAGGUUUUGGAGGGACCAUGAAAGGUCAUGUGUACAUUCAUCGACCAGACUUUUAUCCAAAGCAAAAAGGAUGGCUUGGCUUUGCUCAUGGUGAUGUGUUUUAUCGGCCGGAAGGAAGCAACGGUGAGCUGGUCGUUAUAGACCGGGAGGUGCUGAAGGUGUCUGAAGUGUACCAGUGUUCUGCUCAAGGAUGGUCCCGAGGAUUGCCUUUCAGUGAUGGAAUUAACAUUGGGCACAUAUCUCCUGAUAGAGAAGAUGGGUUUAUGGUGAGGACGUACAAUCCUCUGGUCAAGCCGAUGCCUCUUGUGAAUGAACUGAGCCUCAACUUAGCAAUAAAAUGUAUACAGGUUCUGGGUGGACCUGAGCAACAGUCUACACUGUCAGCUGGACUAGAUGAAGACAUUGUCAUGGUCGCUGCUGGGAAGGAGUUCACUCUUGUGAGGACAGUUGGUGGCAGGAUAUAUUAUAGUGGAAAGGCUUCUUCAGUUGGAAUGAAGCAAGGGAGUAGUGGUGGCGGCAACAGCGUCCCGGGAAGUGGAAACGGUGGUGGAUGUGCCGUAAGCAGCGGUGGUGCUGGUGGUGGUGGUGGUGGUGGUGGUGCUGCUGCUGCUGCUGCUGGUGCUGGCACUGUUGCUACGGGUGUUAAUGGACCAACAACCAGUAAUAUACCAAGUGGAAGGUGGCCAGAACUUACCAUUACCAAGUCACCGCGCAUUUUACAUUUAGCAGUUGGACAUGAGGGACAGCAUGCGGUACUCAUUUCAGAUGAGGGAUCUGCAUUUUUUGUUGGCACAGCACGACGGGGAGAAGAUGGAGAUGCCAGUAAAGGUCGCCGGCAGCCCAAACCGGUGAAGCCCAAAAAGAUGAUCAAGCUAGACGGGCAGUAUGUCGUGAGUGGUGCGUGUAAUAAUGGUACGUCGGCACUUGUGACCCGUGAUGGAGAGCUCUAUAUGUUUGGGAAAGAUACUUCACACUGUGAUAGCACAACAGGCCUAGUGACAGACCUGCGUGAUGUUCAUGUGAGCACUGUGUCUCUUGGCAAGGCUCACGCUCUGGCCUUAACAAAUAAAGGGCAGGUCUUCAGCUUUGGGAUUAAUAACAAGGGCCAGUGUGGAAGAGACUUUAUACCACAAGUUAAGGAAGGAGCAGUGCCGACCAUAAGAUGUAACAAGGACAGAGUCAAAGCACCCGCUGAGUACUGUUCUCCAUUAAGUGCAGCAAAAGUAUCUCGCCACAGAAGUGAUGUAAUGGAAAAGGUGGAGCGCUCGCCAAGCAUGUCAAUGUCAGUGGGACCUGCUGGAGAAGAGGAUGUAGAGGAUGAAGAUGGUGUUGAGAGUGAGGAGGGAGGCGAAGGAGGGAUGUGUCCUCCUGGGCGUCAUCGUUGGGUUCGUGAUCACUGUCUUGUGUGCACCGUAUGUCACGAAUGUACAGGCUACGGGGCUGCGUGUGUUUCCAGUGGGAGGCCAAACCGCAACUCUGGACAACCAUGUGGGUGUGGGUCUGGUGACUCUGGCUGUGCUGAGUGUGGCUGUUGUCGGUCCUGUGCAGAUGAGAUUGAAGGGGAUAGUGAUCAAGAUCCCUUCUCCCUUAUGCAGGGGCAACACUCUGGCCUCUUUGGAUUCUCAGAAGUGGGAAAUCUUGGAGGAAAUAUCUUUGGGAGAGCUUGUGGACGAUUACAGGAUCAGCUACAGAGGAGACUUGAUGAGAGGCGCUGUCGACCACGUUACAGGCACCCCAGGUAUACGCCAACCCUCAUCAGGAAAGGGCUGGGUGGCCAAGCCUCAGCCAUGGAUGGUCACACUGGUAACCUGGGCCAGUUUGAGGCUCGGUUGCUGCGCCUCCUAGCCCCCUCUUCCAACCCUGCGGGUGGUGGUGCUGCUAUGGCUGGUACUGGUAGUCGUGCCCCUGCUGCUGCAAGUCCUGAUCCUGCUGGCAUAGCUGCUCCUGCUGCCCUUGAUCCUCUUGCUACCAGUAACAUCCUAGUAGCUGAAGAUGGUCUUGGAAGUGACCAGGAGAGAGAUGCCAGUAAGAUUGCUAUGUUGUCUCCUGCAAGGGUCCACUUAUCUGGGACCUCACCUGUUGUUCAAGUUACCUGUGGACUCCAUCACUCUGUGAUAUUGUGUGCCAAUGGAGAGACGUACACCUGGGGCAGUAACAGUUACGGACAACUUGGAGUCGGGGAUCUGCUGUCACGAGGAUCUCCGGUCUUGAUCCGUCUACCUCCCAAUGUUCGUGUGACUCAGGUGGCUGCUGGAAGUAAUCAUACAGUUUUUCUAACAUCAAAUGGACAGAUCUACAGUUGUGGAGAUUUUCAGAAAGGUCAGCUUGGUCGUGGUGCUCCUCAAAGUGAUGCUGGAGAGGGAAGCAGUCGAGGCCGUUGUCCAUGGUACUCUGUGCCUGGACUAGUGCCAAGUAUUGGGCCGAGGCUUGGAUGUCGGGCUACGUGGAUUGGUGCGUCCGCCGAUGUCACUUAUGUAAAGCUUGAUCAAAGCCUGAUCAAUGCUCAUAACCUCAGUGCUGCUGCUGUUGUUGCCAAUAGUAAUUGCUUAGUUCUGCUGCCAGUUGGAGGAAAAAAGGAGGAGGAAGAGGGUUGGAGAUGUUUGGUUAUCAGUCGUUCAGAUGGGCAAUGUCGCAGUUUUUCCACUCAGGAUCAGAUAUGCUUUGCUGGCCAUACCAUUUGUCUUGAUCCUGUCUACAAUGUGCUCUGGAGCUACGACAAUGGCCGUCAAGAUGUGCAUUGUUAUAACAUAGUUGCAGCAGAGGCGCAGAGGCUGACUAAUGGAGGACUGCAGGAUGGUCUGAGAGAUCUUCUCUCACCAGAAUUAUCUCUUCCCAUCUUACCUGAGUACCAAGUUUCUCGGGCACAGGUUGCACUGCACAUGCUGUCAUGCAUUGAUACUGUCACCUGGGCUCAUGAACAUGGAUUGACUGUGGUAGAGGAUGAUCCCCAGACAGUUGCUACAGUGCGGGUUUAUACCAGAGAAGACUUCACACCCGUCAAUAGGUUCGAAAGUCAUGGCGGUGGUUGGGGAUACUCUGGCCACUCAAUAGAGGCAAUACGGUUCAUGUGUGAUACCGACGUCCUCAUUGGUGGCUUUGGACUGUUUGGAGGACGGGGUGAAUACAUGGGUAAAAUAAAGUUAUUUGAACUUGGUGUUGAAGGAGGAGACCAGGAGACUGACGGAGAGUUAUUAGCAGAAACAGAAGAGGUGCCGUAUGAGUGUGGUGCACGCCAAAAGUUUCCCAUGCUCUUUGAUGAACCGGUCCCUGUGCAGGGUAAUAAGUGGUAUGUGGCGUGGGGUCGUGUGAGUGGACCAAGCAGUGACUGUGGGUCUUCAGGACAGAGUAUGGUCACCACAGAAGACCAAGUUAUCUUCUACUUCAAAUCGUCCAAGAAAUCUAAUAAUGGAACCGAUGUUAAUGCUGGACAAAUACCUCAGCUUUUAUAUCGUAUUACGGCACAUGAGGGAUCAGUCACUCCCAGACCUGUGCAUGACUCUACAGAGGCAAUUCCAAUCCUCUCCAAAGGCUUUUUCAUGAGUGUUAGAAAUGAUGUUUUCCAAUCAUUGCUGGAUUUGCUUGGCUGGGCUUGGUCUACUUUGAGGUCGUGUGUAGGAGAACAAGUGAGUCAUGGAGGAAGUACCGGAGCAAGUCCAACAGUGGCCAUGUUGGAUCUUCAGCGACUUGUGUACAUCUGUUGUGCCUGUUUGCGUCUCCUUAGGAUAUACAUCAAUGAAGUUUAUCCCAAUUCAGUGCGAACAUUACGAAGUAAUGGUGAAAAAGGCUGCCUAGCAGAAAGUGUUGCAGAUGUGCGAGGGCUCCUUCGUCAGAUGCUGUCUGACCCCAUGCCCUCACUUUAUCCAUCACGCAAAGGCAAAAUGCGUAAUGGAAGAGAUACCGGACCAUUGAUGCGGAUGGUAGUUUCUGUGCUAGAUGAAUGUCACAAGACAUUUGUAUCUUGUUUCCAUGCUUUUUACCCCACGGGUCAGCUCAAGUGGGCUUGUCUCUGUGAUCUUCUGCAGUCAAGAGAUAUGGUGACUAAAGGAAUGGAUGAGACCCGCGAUAGUGAUCGCCUCCUUAGUGCUGUGUUGGCCUCUCUCUGCUCUCCUACUGUUAAGUUACGAGCAACCUGCCCCAUACUAACUGACCCUGAUGCAGAGGUCGCCCACCGCCCAUCACCAGCUGACAAUGCAGCUCUUUCAACACUUCAACCUGGGGAUUUGUACCGAUACCCAUUACUAGUGGAGCAUAUGACUUAUAAAACACAUGUUGAUAAUGGGGUUGGAAUUGUAUGGACGUUUCGUGAAGUAUUAGAUCGCCUGCUUGGAGUGGCGUGUGGUAGUGUUCGCCAGGCCCUGAGAGGGGAGAGGGUUACCCCCCUGCCUGCCCUGGUACAUAAUACAUGCCUCUUGUUGGCUGCUACUGUGGCAGAGUUGUCAGCAGAAACAAACUCCGCAGAGGGAGAAGUACCUGCAGGUGGAAGGGUUCUUCACAUCACCCCCUCAAGAUUCACCCGCACCUCUCAGAGCCGCACCUGGAACACAGGGAAUGGUUCACCAGAUGCUAUAUGUUUUUCUGCAGACCGACCUGGUAUUGUUAUUGCCGGUGUCUGUGUAUAUGGAGGUGUUGGAACUUAUGAUUAUGAAGUUGAGGUGAUGGAUGAGAGUGGUGGAGGUGGACAAGAUCCUUCACAUACUCUAGAGAGGUGGGGUGUCAUGGAGAUGGCAAGAGGAACAUUUGGACCAGAUGACUCUGUGGCAGACAUUGUUGAAAUUAAAUUUGAGAGACCAGUUCCAAUAAAGGAAAGUGUAAAGUACGCCAUACGACUGUGCAACCAUGGUGGAAGAACCAGUAAUGGUGAUGGCGGUCUGGCAUCUGUUAAGGGUCCAGAUGGCACCACGUUUACAUUUUCUGCCUGUAGUCUGUCUGUCAAUGGAACAAAUCAUAUACGUGGACAAAUACCCCACAUCAUGUACUAUAGUACACCUCAAGACCCUGAAAGCCAGAGAAGCACAAGAGAAAUAGCCGAGCAACAAGCUCGUAAGUCUGCCUUGGCCAUGGCUGGAAGCAUUGUGCGUGUUGCCACGGAAUUGAUGAUCAUGGGCCUUGGGGUGGGAGAUGAAACAGCUGUUGAAGUGUUAGGCAGUGCUCCCCUGUUGACCAUGCUGCUGCCUCUUGUGCUGUCUCACAUAGGACCAGUGGCCACCUCAGAUCCUCGGAGUGCAGUGUCAGUCCUCGGCUUGAUUCAAGAGAUACUACCACAUGUUGCUGCUCUGAAUAAUCUCAGUUUAGUAACACAACAAACAAUCAUUCCUGAGACAAUGGAGGACUGCCAUACCACCACAAGUCAUCAUUAUGCUUGGGUGGAGAGUGAGCACCCAUACAGGCCAGCAGCUGUUGCUAAUUAUCGAGUAAGUUUUCCUGUGGCUGUCCAGUGGAUGACCUUGGAAUUUGACCCCCAGUGUGGCACAGCUCAGCCAGAGGACUCCUUGCAGGUUUACAUUCCAAGCCUGAGCAGCAAAGAUAUUGGUGGCUUGAACUUGAGUAGCUUGGCAGCACUUCCUGAGGGCCAGGACCGAAACCCUCAAGUUUUUCAUGGUCAAGAUGGGGCACCACCUCCUUACUGGGCUGUUCUCAAUAAGUUCUCUGGUAGUCAGAAUUGGCCAGAACAAACAGUAAUUUUACCAGGACACGAGGUAGUAUUCUCUUUGGAAACAGCCUCUGACUAUGUGAAAGAUGAGAGAGCCAACACUUAUGGAUUUCGGGUAUUGGUUGUGGGAUAUGAAUGGCCACCAUCACCACCAGACUCCUUGAGACACUUAGAGAAGGAGCUUUCAUACCUUGGUGGACUGUGUGCUGCUUCACUAAUCAAAAAGGAUCUAUGCUUGCCACCUAUUGCAGGUGAUGACCUUGAUGAAGACAUGGAGCUGGUAGAAGACUUGGCACUACAGGUGUAUCGAGCUCAUCCAACUUUACUUAGCAAAGGGUUCGCGCUCUCUCAUCCUCCAACCAUACAUCAGACUUUAGAUGGUGUCAUUCCUUUCAGUUGCCACUCCAAUGAACGCUUGUUCCUGCGUGACUUUGUAUCGUGCGCAGGAGGUACCAGCGGUGGACGAUUGGCUCGAUGGCUGCAGCCUGAUUCUUAUGUUGAUGUGCGGGCAUGUGAGGUGUUGUACAGCAGGGAUGACAUGAGGGCAGGGUGGCCUGCCAUUGUCACUAUCCUCACAAGAGAUCAGUACAAUGAGGUGGUUCACGUGCCAUCACUUAAGGUUGAGGUUGUAGCAGUUCCUGUAAGCACAGGAGAGGAAGGAGGUCAAGGAAAAUUGAGAAGAAUCAGUCAGCAUGUGCCUGACAACAUGACAUUUGGUGGACAUCCUCAACCCUCCCUAGAUGUACCGUAUCAAGUUUCCAUCAAAGACAAGAUGUGUUACUGUGCUAUAACUAUGAUCAAGGCAUAUGAGAAUUACUCUUUUGAAGAGCUCCGUUACAUGUCACCCGCCAUACGUCGGCCAACAGAGAACAUGUUGGUGCGCAGUAACAAUGAUGGCACUUACUCCUGCAACUGGACCCCUGGAGCCACGGGCUGGUACUCCUUACAUGUUACCAUAGAUGGCUACCAGUUAGAGGAGACAUACAAAAUGGAAGUAAAAAGCCACCUAAGGUGUGUCCUCCAGUCCAGAGCACCACAGAGGUCGUCACAACAACCCUCUCGUCUACGAAAAUUUGUCCUCCAGAACAGUGCUGGUUUGAGGAUUCGAACUCAUCCAUCUCUUCAAAGUGAACAGAUUGGUGUGGUCCAUGUCAAUGGCACCAUUGCAUUUUAUGAUGAAGUUCACAACAGUGAUGGAGUUUGGUUACGUCUCAGCCCUGAGAGUAUACGCCAGUAUUGCACUAAUGGGUAUUCAGAAGCUUGGUGUCUGCAGUACAACCAACACCUGGGCAAGACACUGCUGGUACCGCUAGACCAUCCUAAGACUAUUCUAGACCAGGUGAUAACUGACACCAUAAGUCGACGUCGUGAUGGAAGUCCUCGCCGUGAAACUACACUUGGUGCCGAUGGUGCUGAAUGUACUACUGGAGGAGGAGGAACGUACACUGUGGUUAAAUGUGGUGCCUCGGGACACAACAUUCGUAGUCAGCCAAACUUGAAAGCGCCACCAGUUGGAAUGCUUGUCCUAGGAAAUGUUAUUACAGCAGAUUGUGAUGCUAAGAAUGCUGAUGGUACGUGGGUUCGUUUGGAUUCAGAGAGCACACGCAAGUAUUGCUUCACUGAUGGGGAGGCGUGGUCUCUAGCUAUGUCUCGAGGUCACACUCUUUACCUUCAGCGCUCCCAUAGCCACAGUCACCCCUACCCAUCAUCUCUGCCUGGUGAUGCAAAUAAUAUGGUUGGUCAUCAGGGAUUUGACUUCACCCAUGCUCAGACUAGUCCUGUGUUUCGUCCAUUUCAACAGCCAGCUGUCAGUGGUGAUCCCUUUGUCUUUGGUGCAAUAACUCGAGGUCGAGGUGAUGGAAGCAGCAGCACUGGUACGCAAAUGACAACAAAUGGAGGAGACGCCAGUAUGUGCACUCCACAGAAAUCAUCUCUUCAGUUAGUUGACGCAAACACCACAACUGAUGAAUCUGAGGCCACUGGAGUCACAAUGAAACAACAGCAGGAUCCUUCGUCCCAGCACCCAGGGAAAUUCUCUGUUCUUCACCGCUGGUUCAAGGAAGAACAGCACAAGCACACUCCUCCACUUGCCCAACAGCAGCAGCAACAGCAGCAGCAACAGCAGCAUCAGCAACAACAACAGCAGCAGCAACAAGUACAACAACAACCACAAAUACAACAUAUCCAGCAGCAGAAUCAAAUAUAUGACAAAAAAUUAGACAAAAAACAAACACAGCAGUUGGCAGUAUGUUUGUCUCGUGAUGUUCCUCCUGAACUGCAAGGUGUGUCUGUGAAAGAUUUAGUUAAAGCUAUAGGAGAGUCUCGGGCUAAUGGUAAUGGUGCCACUCCACCUCGCACCCCGCCUGCUACACCAAAACGGCUGUCACGCUCCUCAAGCCCGAGAGCAAUUCCAGUGGGUCCUUCUGGAAGUGCUACAGUUAUACAAGGAUCUGGAACUUCCCCGCGCCAGAUAUCAAGAUCUUCCAGUCCAGUACCUAUUCCAGGUCGUGGCAGAGAAAGUGCAAGCAGUUCUCCUCUACACAGCUCACCGCGGGCAACUGGUGUGUCACCAUUAGUUUCAGGAGCUGGUGUUGGAGGAGACAGAGCAGCUGGUAGUCCUCCAUCUGCAAUUCGCAGUGCAAAUGAUUCUCUUAGUGAUACAAGUGCAUUUGUGUCCAGUUUAACACAAGAUAUGUCUCAUUCACCGAGCGUUUCCUCUCUGCCAACUUCAACACCCAGCACUCCAAGAAGGGAACCAUUAAGCACCAGUCCAAAAACAGUAACCCAGACAGCAACUCAGACCAGUCCAGAGGGAAUCAAGUUCAAUAUUGGCUCGACAGGUUCAAGAGAUGAAAAUCUUCGACUGUCACCUAAAAUGACGCGUAAAGAUCGUUCUGGAAAGCCACAUAGAGGGAAACGUGAUCAUGCCUUGUCUCCUGCAUCGACGCAACGAGAAAAACCGGGCCCUAGUCGUGACAAGGUGAAAGAGGCCAUGAGUCCAUCUGUGGCGGAAUGUUUACGGGCAAUUUUUGCUGCAUUUCUCUGGCACGAAGGAGUUGUUCAUGAUGCCAUGGCUUGUGCUUCUUAUAUAAAAUUCCAUCCGGAUUUAACAAAGCAGGGAACUUUUCACUGGAAGCCUCGAUCAACUACUGGCGCAAAAUCUGAAAAACUAACAAAGGAGCAGAAAGCUCGACAAAGACAUUCAGUAGAAGUGAGCACUUACAGCUACUUAAAUAAUGUUACCCUCCAGAACACAGAUGAUCUUCUUAAGCCAGGAACCAAUGCCAACAUCAAUGAAGUGCCCCGUAUUAGUGACAAUAGUGACGAUGAGGCGGCAAAUAGAGCUGGAGUGUGUUAUGUUCAGGGACCUCAGGGACAAAAACUAGCAACAGUAAUGGAAGGAGGUUCUGGACCGGAUCCUCCAGACUUGCCUCCAGUUCUCCGUCACGUUGUUCUUUUGUGGGAGGAACUCACGUCUAGCUGUCUUAAGGCUGUUGCUCAACAGAUAAUACUUCCGUCGCCCACUGUUCCUGCACGUUUGAAAAAGUCAGACAAAGUUAAAGAAAAGAGCGACCGUGAAAAGAAAAAACAUAAAAAGAAAUCGGGCGGCAUUCCCAUGUUUGGUGUCGACCCAGUAGUAGGAGAAGACGAGGACGGCGUGUGUGAACUGUGCGGGAACAGUCUUUCUCCCGAGAGUAUUGAACAGCACUUUCGGACUUUACACCCGGGUUGUGGUGGGUCUUCAAAGGGCUGUGGGUAUGUGGGAACGCGCUGGAAGGUCUUCCCGACCAAGGACCGUGUAACUCAGCCGUGUGGUGAGGUGAUUCGUGGGUGUUUCCACAUGUGUUGGAGUUGUCGCAAUAAACAUAAAGGACAAUAUAGUCAAUUUUCUGGUAGUAAAAUAAGUAAUGGUAGAAUAAAAAGAAAAUCCAAUAGUAAGUUGCUUUCUCCUCUCCCACAAUUGGAUGCCCAUGUGAUAAUGAGGAACAAUGCAAUGUUUUUACUGGACUUAGCAAGUGCAGCGACGCCAGCCAUCCCGUCUCGAAGCCACGUUCCAAGAAGAUCACCUUGUGCUAUGCCAUCAGUGUCUCUUAGCCCAGACAACAGUCCUUUCCCAAAGGUUGCAUUCCAGUGUUUGCACACCCUGAACUGUCAGCAGCAGCACCUUAACCAACUGCGAGAAGACCUCCUGUUGCACCACACCUUUCACUCAGCAGAUAACACAGACUACCGCAGCAGUUCUGCCGAGUCUCGUGAUAACAAUCACAGGGAACACUCACCCUUCUCACCCCCAGGAGCUUCACACCAAGAAUCUCCUGCAUCUGACACAGAGAUGCCUCGGGGCCGUCCAUUCCAUCGAUCCAUCUCAGUCACAGUUGGUACCUCAGGACAAGACUGGAGCUCUGCAGCAGCAUCUGCUUCAGCCUCUCAGCUUGAACAUGACCACAAAGCGACUGUUGUUCUCAGGAAACGCAACAACAGUAGUGGGGAAAAUGCAGUUGAUAGUGGUGGCAGCUCCCUGUUGGCUCACCCGUCAGCAGCCCUGGAACGUCUGGCUGUGUGUAUUGAGCGAGGGGGCGGCCCAAAUGGCGACCCAGGUGGACGAGCGCGGCAGGUCAUCAUCAGACCCAUUAUGGGCUUUAUAUUCCAGAAUCAUGACCUGGAAACCCUUGCCUUUGCAAUGAGACAUGCAACUCGAAAAGCAGCUGCAAGGGUUUAUGCAAUGCAGGCCCUUAAUUGGUUAUUGCGAAGUGUGACUCAACCAACUUGUCUACAUGACUUGUUGUGGUGCUUUGUUGCCGCCCUCACUCCCUCCAGUACUCCCUUGCCUCCCCCGCCUGAUGACCAUAAUCCACAAGACCAACAUCAUCUGAGAGACAAGGCUCAUGAUACGGAUGGUGACAUGGUGGUGUUAGAGCAUCCGUUGAGUGAUGUUACUCUGGCGGGUGAUGCAGUCCAUCCACUACCCCGGACGUUUCAUCAGCUGCUGCAGACAGUUGCUGACCUCAUGAUGCUCCUCCCACCAGGAUCACCUCUGCAGAUGAUGGCUGUUAGAUGCUGGGGUCUUCGCUUUACUCCGACAGAUCAUGAUUUCCUCCACCAGAGUCACGUGUUCUCUAAUAUUUCCAAGAUCCUUUCUCGGUCAGAAGAGGUGUUAGGUGCUGGAGAGGAGGGAGUUACAUCCAUGUAUGAGAGCCACGGACCAGUAACAAGUAUGGUGGAGUGCCUGCGUGACCUAAUGAGUGAGUGUGAGAUCCGGGCCUCAAGCAGGCAAGCAAUGGUCCCGUCUCUAACUGACGCUUCUACUGAAACAUUCUGGGAGUCGGGUGAUGAAGAUCGUAACAAGACAAAAGCCCUCACCAUCACUUGCUCUCCAACUGUCCGGCCACAAGCUGUAUACGUUCAUAUUGAUAAUUGUAGAGAUCUUGGGAACAAAGUGUCAAGUGUAGUAUUCAAGUGUGGUGUAGCCAGCGAUGAUAUGUUAACAGCUAGAAAAGUGGACGUAGAAAGCAGAUUUACUGGUUGGCUUCAUGCUGUUCUUCCAUGUGACUUAAUCACCAACAUGGUGGUUGAAAUAAGGGGACCAGACCAGAGCGUUCGUGUGCGACAAGUGAGGGUGCUUGGUAGUGGUGAUGGUGAAGGAGUGGGCUCACGGCCUGUACGGCAGCAUUCUCCCCUCACCAUCCAGCACCGCGCCUGUGAACAAGAAACCCUCAAAGUGUUCAGACUUAUUACUGGACAGGUAUUUGGGCGCCUCAUAAUAACUGCAGAAAGUGGAAACAGAGGAGGAGAGGCAGCAGAGGCCAGUGUGGGGAACCUAGAGGCUGGUGAGGAACAGGAACGCAACAAUGACCUCCGUGAACAUAUGGUCGGCAUUCUUUUUUCACGAUCAAAACUUACUCAUCUUCAAAAGCAGGUUUGUGCUCAUAUAGUCCAAGCUAUACGUAAGGAGACAGUGAGAGCCCGUGAGGAGUGGGAGGCUGGACUAAACUGUGGAGGGUUAGGCACUCCAGCUACACCUGAAGAAGGUCAAAAUAAUCCUCCAGAUACAUAUUGCUUUGAAAUGCUGUCUAUGGUCUUGGCUCUCAGCGGGUCAGCAGUUGGACGAGCUCAUUUAGCCCAGCAAGAUCGCCUGCUCAGACACCUGCUGUCACUGCUACACACUGGCUCUGCAAGGGUCCAGAGACAGGUUGUGGCUCUGUUUCGACGGAUGUUGGCUGAUGUUCCUCCACAGUCUCUCGCCCUCAUCCUGGGUGUGGAGGUUCUCCCUGCUCAAGACUAUGCCAUACUUCAUGCUGCCACCAAAGAUGAGGACAGUACAUUUGAUAUUCAUGUACAAGGCAUUCUUGAUGUGUUCCUGGCUGUGAUUGCCAAGGCACUGACUGUUCAACUGAAGACAAAGGGAAGUGAGGGAGGUAAAUCGGUGGUGUCCCAAGGCAAGGGUGGAGUGACAUCUGUGACCCUCGCCACAACCAUGCCAACACCUACUGCCAACUCCCAGCGCUGGUGGCUCCAGGGUUCAGCAACACAGAAACAGGCUGACCUAAUUAUCAGCUUAAUUCGGGACAUGACGAUAGGCAAGCUGUCAGACACGUGGGCUAAAGUAAGUAAAGCAGCAGUAGCAGAGAACAUCAUAAACUUGACUCGUUUGAACGAAAGUGACCGGUCCUGCGCUGCUUCUUGUCUCGCAACACCCACUCUCUGGUUAGCUCUGGCGUCACUGUGUGUUCUUCACCCUGAUCACGUCGAUGCUCUGUCUUCACAACACUGGCAGGCAACGACAUCUUCUGGUGAUCCUCACAAUCCUGAACCAAGGCCAACUUGUGAGAACCACGAUGAUGGGGAGACCCUGGCGAUGAUUCUCUGUGAAGAGUGUGGCAGCAACCUGUGUGGUGAAUGUGAUCGAAUCCUUCACUUACAUCGCCGUACUCGUCACCAUCAUCGUACAGUCUUCAGACAAGAACAGGAGGCUAUUAAGGUGGACCUUCAUGAGGGAUGUGGCCGGACCAAGUUGUUCUGGCUGCUGGCUUUGGCAGAUUCUACCACAUUAAAAGCCAUGUUGGAGCUUCGGGGAGAGAACCAGCGAUCUCGGGGGUCUGUGGCUGCAUCAACAUGUCGCUUUUGUGGCGCUCCAGCCCAGCCUUCUCUUCUCUCUCCUGCACCAGUGUGUCAAGACCAAGACUGUCAAGACUACAGUCGUGAAGCGUGCGUUCGUACUCAUGAUUGUGGUCACCUGUGUGGAGGCCUGAAAGGGGAGUCUUCAUGUCUGCCUUGCUUACAUGGCUGCUCCAGUACACCUUCACUCAAACAGGAUGCUGAUGACAUGUGUAUGAUUUGUUUUUCUGAAGCAUUGUCUGCUGCUCCUGCCAUCCAGCUGGAGUGUGGCCAUGUGUUCCAUGCUCACUGCUGCCGCACAGUGUUGGCCAGACGUUGGCCUGGACCUCGCAUUACCUUCACAUUUUCCCUCUGUCCUAUAUGCAAGGUUCGUGUGACCCACGGAGUCCUUGCAGAAUUACUUAUCCCAAUCUCAGUACUGUUUGAAGAUGUUCGACGCAAGGCUUUGAUGCGCCUGGAGUACGAGGGCCUCCACCGGGCAGAAGCAAUAUCUACCCCUGGUGCACGCUACUACAACAACCCCGCAUCCUAUGCCAUGGAUCGUUACGCUUACUAUGUGUGUUUCAAGUGUAAUAAGGCAUAUUAUGGUGGUGAAGCUCGCUGUGAUGUAGAAGCCGGCCUAGGUGAUGAAUAUGAUCCCAGGGAACUAGUGUGUGGAGCGUGCUCUGAUGUAUCUCGUGCACAGAUGUGCCCAAAGCACGGCACAGAUUUCCUUGAAUACAAGUGUCGCUACUGCUGCUCAGUGGCAGUUUUCUUCUGCUUUGGUACCACACAUUUUUGUAAUGCUUGUCAUGAUGACUUCCAGAGAGUUACAAACAUACCCAAAGCUGAGUUACCUCACUGUCCUGCAGGUCCCCGAGCUCAGCAGCUGGAGGGUGAGGAGUGCCCCCUUCAUGUCCAGCAUCCACCCACUGGGGAAGAAUUUGCUCUUGGCUGUGGAGUUUGUCGGAAUGCUCACACAUUCUAAUUUACCUCAGAAUUGACUUGCGCUUUAUUGUAAUUUUAUGUACUAUUUUAGAAUGCACAGUGCCCCUGUCCUAUGCUUAUACUGGUUACUGCAUUGUUUAAGCAUUAGUGAAUUAUUCAUUUUAAGGCUUGGCAAAUAUUAAUUUUGCAACAGUGUAGGAAGACAGUGAAAUAUACUGUAUAUAUAUAUAUAUAUAUAUAUAUAGCUUUUAAACUAUUUUGGUAAUAUAAAUUUUACAUUUUAUAUUCUUGUAUUCUUUUGGAGGUAUUUUUGCAAGUCACGUUGUAUUAAGCAGGAACUGGCAUUAAAGAUGAGUUGUACUUAAUUUAACAAAUGUUAUACAGUGUCAUCAUAACAAUUCCAACAUGAUAUUUUGAAUUAUUGAUCCACAAGAGUUUUAAAUGGUGUACAUAGUUAUUAAACUCUCUAUACUGCUCAAUAUUUAAUAAGAUGAGAUGAAUUUUUAUUUGAAUGGUUUUACACAUUUCCUAUAAAAAUGAUGCAUAUUUUCUUCAGUUCCUUAAGCAUUUCAGAUUUAUUUUUUCAGUGAUAACUUUUCAUAGUAUUUUAUUGGCAUAAUUUUAUAAUUAAUAAUAAUAAGUUUACCAUUUUCUAACAAAUAAUAAAAUACACAAAUUUCACCCUGUAUGUACUGUAGAUAUUAUAGUGCAGUAUACAGUGUUGUGUUGCCUCCAGGAGAGCCACCUUGUGGUAAUAAUUUACUUUACCGACUCAACAUGACAACUGUACUUUAAUAUUUUUGUUCAAAGUUUAUUCCAAGCUAAUUAUGAUGAAUUUGUUGUCAAAAAUUAAAAAACUGAUAUUUCACAGUACAGUACAUCCCUUAUAAAACACAAGUCAAGGAAGUGUUCCUGAGUGUCACUUAAGUCUGGUUCAAGUGUUGUAGGAAGUACAAUUCUGUACAUGAAUUAGGACAUACUAGCGAUCAUGUAUUGCUUUAAAAUAUAUUAUAACUUAAGUACAGUAGGUAGAUUUAUAGAAAGGAUUUUAUUCAUAAAAAGUUCACAUUGAAUCAUCAUGUACAUAGACAGUGCAGGUAGAAAGUGUACAGUAUUUAGUGCAGGCAUACAGUCAGUUCUGCUACAACGCGAUAGUUGUGUUCUUGUAAAAUAUCGUGUUAUAGAAAAUUGCGUAAUA